UUGAGAAGAAUGCGAUUUAUAUAAUAAUUGCAGUAGAAUUGGUUUUCUUCUCAAAAUCGUAUUCCGACACUCCUCGCAACAAUAGAAUGAGGGAUUCUUGAACCCCAUUGGCUGAAAACUCGUGGAGCCUUAUGGGUACGCCACGUCUGACAACCGCUGAACACUCUGGAAAUUUCCCCAGCCCCAACGCGAAAGGUAUUAAUUAUAACGGCCCCCCUCCCUGAAAUCCUGAAAACAUAUCACCUCGUCCGUUUUGCCUGCGAAACUCUCAGUUCGAAGACAACCAAAACAAACACCCCAUUGGUGCAGGGUUUCGACUAUUACAGGAUUACAACAUGAAGAAUCGAUUGGCGUUGGCGCUUGUUGUCGUCGGAUUAAUGUUUAUUCUCUUCGUAGAAUCGAAAAAACUCGACCCCUACAAGGUACUUGGGGUUGAUCGAAAUGCGAGUCAACGGGAAAUCCAGAAAGCCUUUCACAAGCUGUCACUCCAAUAUCAUCCAGACAAAAACAAGAAUAAGGGUGCCCAGGAAAAAUUUUCGGAGAUCAAUAAUGCAUAUGACAUCUUAUCUGAUGAGCAGAAGAGGAAGAACUAUGAUCUCUAUGGAGAUGAAAAAGGUAGUCCUGGAUUUGAUGCAGGCGGCCCUGGAGGUCACGAUGGAUAUACCUACUUCACUAGUGGUGGAUCAGGACAAAGUGGAUUUAAUUUCAGGCCGGGUGAAUGGCAAAAUAUGGGUGGACAAGGUUCAAAAUCAUUCUCAUUUUCUUUUGGUGGUCCUGAUUCUGGCAAGCAAAGCUCAUAUGGUUUUGGAUUCGAUGAUAUCUUUUCCAAUUUCUUUGGUGGUGGUAUGGGAGGAGGGAGUCAGUUUGGUGGUUUCAGUGGUUCAGCUAGGUCUGAGCAUGGGAGGAAGCAGCCCGCUAAGAGCAUGCCAUCUGUAAAUUCUCAGUUGUACAGGAAAGAAAUAGUUGAUAAUGGGAUGACGUGGCUUUUAUUUUUUUACACAUCCAAUCUCCGAGGGAUCCAAUAUUAUGAAUCUGUUAUAGAGGAAGUUGGCACCUCACUCCAGGGAGCACUAAAGGUUGGAAGUAUGAAUUGUGAAUCCGAUGCAUCCUUUUGCAAGGAGCUUGGCGUCUAUCCUCGCAGAGAACCUAAAAUCUUUGUUUACUCAUAUGCAUCUAGUGAAAAAGGUUCAUUGGUUGAGUAUGAUGGUGAUUUGGAUGUCAAAUCCCUGAAAAGUUUCUGUCAAGACCAUUUACCCAGAUUUUCGAAGCGCAUCAACUUGAAUAAUUUGGAUGCCACUUCUGAGGCUGGAAGGUUACCCAGAGUGUUGCUUCUGUCAACUAAGAAAAGCACCCCCGUUAUUUGGCGUGUACUUAGUGGCUUGUACCGCAAGCGUUUUGUAUUCAACGACGCAGAGGUUCAUGACAUAUCAGAUGCAUCAGUCAGAAAAUUAGGCAUUGAUUCACUUCCAGCUAUCAUUGGUUGGCUAUCAAAUGGGGAGAAGCAGAUUCUCAAAGCUGGGAUAUCCGUGAAAGAUCUGAAAACUGCAAUUCAAGAGCUUAGUGGCUUGCUCGACAAUUUUGAGAAAAAGAAUAGGAAAGUGUCUUCAGUGAAAAAGAAUCCUACUGAAUCAGGAGAGAGAGACAUACCAUUGCUUACAACAUCAAAUUUUUAUGACAUCUGCGGCGAGAAAGUUCCUGUCUGCGUAAUUGGUAUUUUCAGGUCAUCGGCUACAAGGGACAAGCUACAAAAGAUUCUGCAAUCUGUGUCUCAGAAAUCAUUUUCCAGACGACAGAAUUUGACCUCUGGUUCGAGGGAUGCCGUUUCCUAUGCUCUCUUGGAUGCUUCAAAACAGCAAUCCUUUUUAAAUGCCUUUGAUAAAUCAGGGUUCAGGUCGUCAGACAAGCUCUUGGUGGCCUACAAACCGAAGAGAGGAACAUAUGCUACGUCUCAGGGUGAAAUAACUGAAGAAGCGGCAGAGAGGUUUAUAAGUUCAGUACUCAAUGGAGACGUCCAAUUUACUAAAGCAAGACAGAAGCCUACGCUAAAAUGACAUCUGAAUUAUCUGAGGAAUAUGCCUCAAUCAAGUUGCCAGCAAUAAGCCCCCAGACAUGAUAACCGUUUCUUUUGUGGUUUGGUUUGGACCUUAUUCUGUUUGGCCUUUGACACCAUGUAGAUAUGUGAAUAUCAGGCUUCUGUUUUUAACCUGGAACUGCGGACUACUUAGCUGAGGAAAAAGUUGCCUCCAGCUUCAUCGACUCACUUCGGAAUCUUACCACCUUAAAGUGUGGUAAUGAAUGGUCGAAUUUUUUCAAUAGAGUUUUGGUUGCAACUUUCUAGACAGCAAUAGGAAUGUGUGUGGAUAUUGUAACUUAUACAUGAAAUUUGACAAGGUAGAGUUAAAUCUACUUGGAGGACCAAUAUCUCUCUUAACAGAAGAAAAUUUGUGGA